GUCACACUUUCUCCAUCGUCGCGUUGGACUCUUUUUUUUGCUGUCAAAAGAAAAAAAAAGUGAACUCCAUUAGACGUCUGCUGAUCGGUUGCCCAUGUCGUUUGAAGCGCGCUUAUGCAGAGAAAUUCUUGAAGAGGAAUUUGGGCCUUUUGUAGCGAAAGUGUCCCAUCAACUUUUGCUCAGAGGCCGCAUGACCUUAUUUGACGUUACUCGGUUCACGCAGUUGCCACAGAGACAAGUACGCGAGUGUCUGGUCGUACUCAUUCAACAUGGUCUGGCUUACUUUACCGAGUCGCUCGACGGGAAAAAGGAACCCACCUAUUACCAAGUCGAUCCUCGACGAGUCCUGCUGCGGUUACGCAUGGCCUCCAUUAUGCGCGUCACCGAAGAUACAUUUGGCAAAGAGGUACACUCCCAAAGCACAUCCCAUGGGGCUUAGGAAAUACGAAUGGCAAGAGCUAAACACUGGUGGGUCUUACCUAUAGGGUUUAGCGAUUUGUCGAUUGAUAUUCACAGAAGGCCGCAUCA